AUGAGAAGCCCUCCAAGCCGGCUCUUUGCCCGGCGUGCCUGGACCUGUCUCCAGUGCAGGGCCUCGUCCACCUCCGCGGGCGCGCAACUCCGCAAAUCGAAGACCAACUUGCCCGACGCGCCUGCGCGCACACGUUUUGCGCCUUCGCCGACCGGAUACCUUCAUUUGGGCUCUCUACGAACAGCUCUUUUCAACUACCUCCUUGCGAAACGGACCGGUGGUCAAUUCCUGCUGCGCAUCGAGGAUACCGACCAGAAACGGACGAUUCCUGAUGCCGAACAACGACUGUACGAUGAUUUAAAUUGGGCGGGACUACACUGGGAUGAAGGCCCUGUUGUUGGUGGCCCAUACGGCCCAUAUAGACAGUCUGAGCGAACGGCUUUGUACCGAUCCCUUGCCGACGACUUGAUCUCCAAUGGCCACGCCUACCGAUGUUUCUGUUCUUCCGAGCGCCUUGAUUCGUUCGCACGCCACCGAAGUCAAGCGGGGCUGGCACCUGGAUAUGACAGGAAGUGUGGACACAUCUCCUCUGAGGAGUCCGCGGAUCGAGCAUCCAAGGGCGAGGCCCACGUGGUCCGGCUGAAGGUGGAGGGAUACCCCAUGUUCAACGACCUGGUCUAUGGGAAGACGGGACAAAAUCGGCCCAACAGCAGCAAGCUGGAUUUGAUUGAUCGAGUCUACGAUGAUCCGAUUUUGCUGAAGUCGGAUGGACACCCAACAUAUCAUCUGGCGAAUGUGGUGGAUGACCAUUGCAUGAAGAUCACACAUGUCAUUCGAGGAACGGAAUGGAUGCCAUCAACGCCAAUGCAUGUUGCUCUCUACAACGCUUUCAAGUGGGAACCGCCACGAUUCGGUCAUGUCCCUCUGCUGGUCGACAAGUCGGGACAGAAAUUGAGCAAGCGGAAUGCAGAUAUUGAUCUGUCCUCGUUCAAAGACCAACAAGGAAUUUUCCCAGCUACACUUGUCAAUUUUGCUGCGCUCUUGGGAUGGUCGCAUUCCCAGAAGUCUGAUAUAUUCGACCUUGAGGAGUUGGAGCAACUCUUCAACCUCAAGUUCACCCGUGGAAACACCGUUGUCGCAUUUGAGAAGCUCUGGUUCCUUCAAAAAGCACAUGCGCAGCGCUUCGCGGCCAAUGGUGGUCCCGAAUUCGAUGAGAUGGUCAAUAGAGUAUGCAAGACUGUGGAGGAAAAUCAUCUGAACGCGAACCUUGAACGGAUUCUCAAGGGUCGUACGCUCUCCGAAUAUAUCUCUCCCCUCAUCCGCGCGGACGCCAAAUCCUACACGACAGCAAAUGAGUUUGCGGAACGUAACUCAACCUUCUUCGCCACUAAGCUCGAUCGGCCUACUUAUACCCCGGUCUCAUCUUCUUCGACAUCAAACCCCACCGUGCCCAUGCUAGCCCUCCACACUGCAGCAGCAGCUCUAUCCCUCGUCCCAUCAGCUCACUGGAACGUCGAGACGCACCGCUUCAACAUUACAUCUUAUGACGGCUCUGAUUCCGUUGAAAUCGCGUCCGAAGUUGACCGAUCGUCCGUGGCAACCGACAAGGUCUUCAAAAAGGAACUGUACCAUUAUCUUCGCUGGGCCUUGUCUGCUUCAGCACCAGGACCUGGUAUACCCGAGACUAUGACGAUCCUUGGAAGAGAUGAAACGGUCCGCAGACUGCAGGAUGCGAAGACGUUAACGCAGUCUUUGGUGCCGCAGAUCGGCCGACGGGUCCCAAAGUCAUCUGGGGAGAAGAAACUGGCCGAAGAUCGGAGCUGGAUGGGCUCUCUUGCCCCCGAUCAGUAA